AUGUUACGACUUUGUGGAGUUGCGGUGCUGCUGCUGGCUUUUUCAUCGGCGAGUGCAAAAAGUGCUCGUCAUGAAGUACGCAAAUUUCCAGAUGAUUUUCAGUUUGGAACAGCAACAGCGUCAUACCAAGUAGAAGGAGCAUGGAAUGUUGAUGGUAAAUCUGAAAACAUAUGGGAUCGUCUGAGCCACACAACUUGUGUUAUUAAUAAUUGUGACACAGGUGAUAUCGCCGACAACUCAUACUACAAAUACGAAAGAGAUGUUGAAAUGAUGAGAGAGCUUGGCCUCGACUUCUAUAGAUUCUCACUAUCGUGGACCAGAUUGAUGCCGACGAGUUUUCCAGACCAUAUUAACGAAGCAGGAGUUAACUAUUACAAUAAUUUAAUUAAUGAAAUGCUCAAGUAUAAUAUAAAGCCAAUGAUUACCCUGUAUCACUGGGAUUUGCCACAAAAACUACAGGACAUGGGCGGAUGGACAAACCCUCACAUCGUCGAUUGGUUUGUGGAUUACGCUAGAGUUGCUUUCGAAUUAUUUGGGGAUAGAGUUGACACUUGGUUUACAAUAAACGAACCAAGAGAAAUUUGUUACCAAGGAUAUUCUGCAAAUUCUAAAGCACCAAAUCUAAAUAUUACGGGGUAUGGUGAAUACCUGUGUGCCAAAAAUUUAUUGGUUGCUCAUGCAAAGGUCUACCACAUGUUCCACAAUGAAUUUAAAACAAGUGACGACAAACAAAUCGGUAUUGUAUUUAGUAUACGUUGGUUUGAACCAGAAUCUGAGGAACAUACACAAGCAGCCGACGUAGUGUCACAAUUUGAGUGGGGUCAAUAUGUCUAUCCUAUAUUCUCGGAAUCUGGAGACUGGCCUCCCGCAAUGAAAGAAAACAUUGGUGCCAAGAGUGCUGCACAAGGAUUUUACAGAUCGCGAUUACCAGAAUUUACGCCAGAGGAAGUGUCUAUGAUUAAGGGCAGCUCGGACUUCUUUGGGGUCAACCAUUACACGACUCUAUUAGUUUACAGAAAUGAGUCUGUGGACGGAUUAUACACUGCUCCUUCGUAUAUGAACGACAUGGACGCAGUUUAUUACCAACCUACAGAAUGGGAAUUUUCAUAUCCCGGCUCCACAUGGUUAAAGGUGGUGCCAUGGGGCUUCUACAAACUUUUGACUAAAAUAAGAGAGGACUUCGGCAACCCGCCCGUGUACAUAACUGAAAACGGAUGCUCUACCACUGUUGGUCUUGAGGAUGAUAAUAGAGUUUCUUACUACAAGCAAUAUCUAAGCGUUAUGUUGGACGCAAUGGAAGAAGGAUCUAAUGUGAAAAUAUACACUGCGUGGAGUUUAAUGGAUAACUUCGAAUGGUACUAUGGGUAUGAUGACCGCUUCGGUCUAUAUGAAGUGGACUACGACGACGAAGAGCGCACGCGCACGCCGCGCAAAUCCGCCUAUUUCUACAAAGAGCUCCUACGUACCCGCGCCCUUGACGUACACUAUGAACCGGAUAUGUCUGUUCCUAUGACGAUCGACGAGGGACAUUAA